AUGUUGACGGCGGCCAGAGCGGCGGUGAAGCCUCUGAAAACCAGGCUUGCCGAAGCCCGCCGCGACGCCGAGCUGGCCAAGAGGCGCGCGAACCAGCGCUACCGGGCGAAGUUCGGCCAGAAGAGCCGCGCGGACGCCUUGGGGAAAGCCUACCAGGCUUUGCACAAGAAGCACGAGGACCGCAAGACGAGGCGCGCCAAAGCGAACGCCGACCUCGGACCUCGGCGACUCCCUCAAGCACAACGCGGCGAUCGCCAAGGAGCUGCGCCGGUGGAAGACCUGGUGGGCCGAGCAGUGGGCCGCCCUGCCCGCGCCAACGCACUGAGCCCAACCGCCGAAACAAGCAAAACACGACAACGUAUAUAUUACACUAUUUUUUGA